CGUGAUCGCCUCUGGCCAAUGGGGAGUGUCGUUACAGGCGCAAUGCGGUUGUCGGGAUGUAAGGAGGAAUGGCGACGGCCGAGAGGGUUUUGGAGGCCAGAGCGGAGCUGGAUUUGACCAACAGAGGCGGAUUAGAGGCUUGAAUCUUCUCUGUGUUCAACUAAAAUCCCAAAAUGGAAACCGAAGUUACAGUCUCCUCCUCAUCGAGCAUCGUCUCAUCCUCCGCUCCACAGACUUCAACCAGUCAGGCCAACCUGGCAGCAAAACAGCGAGACAGCAGAAAGUCUACAACUCCUGCCUUUCUGUCCAACCUGGGCAGGGCCACCCUGCGGGGCAUUCGCAAAUGCCCUCAGUGUGGCAUCUACAAUGGCACCCGUGGCCUCAGCUGCAAGAACAAAGCCUGUGGGGUGUCCCUGAGAAAUGCCACAGCAGCAGGUCGAAGCAGCAAGAAGUGUGUGGUGGAGGUGGCUCAGGUGAUCAUUGACAGUGAGGAGAGGUCGGGGAAGGAGCCUGAGGGAGGAGGGGAGGUCCUGGGUGGUGGCUCAGGUGGAGGAGCUCAGGUGUUUUCCGUCUGUCACAGAGGAAGAGGAGCUACAGCGACACAGUGGGGCUUCGUUGAGCUUGUUCCCACUGAUACUGCAAUAGCUACUGGGGAUGGGGCCACCCUGCUCACCCGCAUCAACCUGGGGCGCUGCUUUUUGCCCUCUUGCAGGCAGGGUCAGAGGUCAAAUCAGGGUGAAUCAGAGUCGGUGGCGGCCAAACAGUCCUCCGACAGCCUCUGCAUCCACAUCAAGCAAGCCAUUGAGUGUCGGAACCGUGCGACGCCGCUGACUUUAAAGAGCUCCACCCUAGAGGGCUUGCAGGCCUCCAUUCAAGCCAGAGAGGAGCUGUGGAGGCUGGCCACGGAGUCUCCCGGGCCCCUGGUGCAGCGUGUCUCCAAAGACACCCUGGUUGUGAAGUGCCACACGGACUCCCACCAUCCUCUGGGCCUGCUGCAUCUCACCGUGGGUGCAGGGGGACUGUCAGACCCCUUAAAGACUGACAGAAGUGUUUUUCACUGUGCCUGCCAGAGUAGCAUGAGAAGAAACAAACCUGGUGCUGAUGGGGCAGGUGGACCGGUCAACUCUCACCCUCCUCCCAGCUCAGUCACAUCCCAGCCCUGCCUUCACUUCUACGCCUGUGUGUGUGCCUUUGCAAGUGAUGAGAAACUGGCUUCAGAGUUUGCAGCUUUCAUCAACUACACCUCCAGAGGUGUGCAGCAGAAUGCUACCUGUAGAAUAAUAAGUCCUGGUGAGAAGCCUUCACAGCAGACCGAACCCGUCAACUCUUAUCACAAAGCCAAGACUCUCCGCCUGGAGGACUCUGUCUCUGCCCCCUCAGUGGCCUCUCCCUCUGGACUGGUGAAGGAGGGAGUGUCGGCCUCCUGCCUGAGGAAAGCUGCUCAGAGGAACCACCCUGGUGCUAGUGGGCUGAAGGCUCCAGGGAGCACUCAGGUGGUGGAUGAGCGAACCGUGACGAUGGGCUUCCAUGAGUGGCUGGCCGGUGUCACAGAGAGGAUCCACCAGACAAUGCACUACCAGUUUGAUGGGAAACCGCAGCCUCUGGUUUAUCACAUUCCCCAGGAGUUCUUUAAUGCUCUGCAGCAGCGUCUGUCGCUUGGAUCAAAGAAGAGGAGGCUGCCCAACUUCACAACAGCAUUUGUGAGAAAUGACGGACUUCCUCUGGGCUCCUUCUCCAAGUACACCUGGCACAUCACCAACCUGAUGCAGGUCAAACGCAUCUUUGACACUACCGAGUUGCCGCUGGAGGUCACUCAAAGUUUUGUGAAAAACGUAGAUGGUUCUUACUCACGUUUCCGCUGUCCUGAGCCGCUGCCUGAGCCAGAAUUACCGGAGGGAUUCAGGACAGAUCGACCGCAGGCGAUACGACCCAUGGAGCUCCGCACUUUCCUUAAAGUUGGACCGGGCACAGAAGAGCAGAAGGAGGCCACUCCGUUUGUGAUCGAGUGGAUCCCCGACGUUCUCCCCCGCUGCCAGAUGGGAGAGCUCAGGAUCAGCUUUGAGUUUGGCCACCAGCAGAGCGGUCAGCCUGAGUUCUACGACAAAAUGAGCACGGCGGAGAAAGGAGGUCGCAACAAGUCAGACUGUGUCCAACCCAAACUCAGCAACGCUAUGGAGAUUCUCCAGGUAGUUGUCUGAAGGCCCUCCAUUCUCUUCCUUGUUACACAGUGUUAAAAUCUGCAAUAACCAACCUCACAUACAAAUUAUGUGCCAUAUAUCCAUGUGUUAUUACUGUUAUUAAUAUUAUGCAAUUUAUGUAUGAUCAAUUGCCACGUGACUCACACAGUAUAUUGUUGAACAGUCUAGUCUGUAACUGAGCUCUCAUCUUAAUGCUGAGUAUUUUUAAGUCUCAGCAUUAAAAUCAAAAGGAAGUAUAUAUAUUUUUUGGAAAUAAAAAUCUAUUAUUAAAUUA